UGCUGCUGCUGCUGCUGCUGCUGGUCCUGCAGGGCGAGGGGAAGGAGGCGCCAUGGCCUGGGCCCUGAAGCUGCCCCUGGCCGACGAGGUGAUCGAGUCCGGCCUGGUGCAGGAUUUCGACGCCAGCCUCUCCGGCAUCGGCCAAGAGCUGGGCGCCGGAGCCUAUAGCAUGAGCGAUGUGCUGGCGCUGCCCAUCUUCAAGCAAGAGGAGUCGACGCUGCCCCCCGACAGCGAGGAUAAAAUCCUGCCGUUUCAGUACGUGCUCUGCGCCGCCACCUCCCCGGCCGUCAAGCUGCACGACGAGACCCUCACGUACCUCAACCAAGGGCAGUCUUAUGAGAUCCGCAUGCUGGACAACCGGAAGAUCGGAGAGCUCCCGGAAAUCAACGGCAAGUUGGUGAAGAGCAUCUUCCGCGUGGUCUUCCACGACCGACGGCUCCAGUACACGGAGCACCAGCAGCUGGAGGGCUGGCGGUGGAACCGCCCCGGAGACCGCAUCCUUGACAUAGACAUCCCGAUGUCGGUGGGCAUCAUCGACCCCCGGGCCAACCCGACCCAGUUGAACACCGUGGAGUUCCUGUGGGAUCCCACCAAGAGGACGUCCGUGUUCAUCCAGGUGCACUGCAUCAGCACGGAGUUCACCAUGCGGAAGCACGGCGGGGAGAAGGGGGUGCCCUUCCGGGUGCAGAUCGACACCUUCAAGGAGAACGAGAACGGGGAGUACACCGAGCACCUGCACUCCGCCAGCUGCCAGAUCAAAGUCUUCAAGCCCAAAGGUGCCGACAGGAAGCAGAAGACGGACCGGGAGAAGAUGGAGAAGCGAACGCCGCACGAGAAAGAGAAAUACCAGCCUUCCUACGAGACGACAAUUCUCACCGAGUGCUCCCCCUGGCCCGAGAUCACAUACGUCAACAACUCCCCGUCCCCCGGCUUCAACAGUUCCCACAGCAGUUUUUCCAUCGGGGAAGGCCUGGCGUCGGCCACGUCUCUCUCCAGGAACGGCUCUCCGAACCACCAGCCCGAGCCGCCCCCUCCGGUCACGGACAACCUGCUGCCGACCACCACGCCUCAGGACGCCCAGCAGUGGCUCCAUCGGAACCGCUUCUCCACCUUCUCCCGGCUGUUCGUUAACUUCUCAGGCGCGGAUUUACUGAAGCUGACCCGGGACGACGUCAUCCAGAUCUGCGGCCCUGCCGACGGAAUCCGCCUCUUCAACGCCCUGAAAGGCCGGAUGGUGCGGCCACGACUGACCAUUUACGUGUGCCAGGAGUCGCUGCAGCUGACUGACCAGCAGCAGCAGAAACACGAGGACGGGGACUCGAACGGCGCCUUCUUCGUGUACCACGCCAUCUACCUGGAGGAGCUGACGGCCAUGGAACUGACGGAAAAGAUCGCCCAGCUUUUCAGUAUUUCCCCUUGCCAGAUCAGUCAGAUCUACAAACAGGGGCCGACCGGCAUCCACGUGCUCAUCAGCGAUGAGAUGAUCCAGAACUUUCAGGAAGAAGCUUGCUUUGUCCUGGACACGAUGAAAGCUGAAACCAACGACAGCUACCACAUCAUCUUGAAAUAGACGGGGAAGCCCACCCCCCCGCCCCGCCCCUCGCCCCCGCCGGAGCCACCCCGCCCUGGGACGGGCUGGGGGCGGAGCGUCGGAGGGCCGCGGGAGCCCCGCGGAGGCUGCCCGUCCGUCCCCCUCCUCCCCGCCCCCCGCCCCCUCCGGCCGGGUCCCUCGAUCCCGGGUCCCGACCCGCGGCGCCGGCCGGAUGCCACUCGCCCCCCGUGGCUUCGGGUCGGGUGGACGGCGCGGGGGGCGGGGGGGGGGGGGGGGUGUCGGGCAGGGAAACGUUCCCGCUCCGAAGUCGAAAGGAGAGCGGCCCCGCCCUCUCCCAGACGGGCGCCGCUCCUGCGCGGCGGGCCCGGACUGAAGGUCUCCGGCGGGCCGUGGCGGACCGGACCCCGAGCAUCCCUCCCGCCCCCCGGCCGCCUCCCCCUCCCCUGCUCGGGGCCACCCCGUAUCCCGGGCGAUCCGCCGAGGGGCUUCGGGGCCGGGGUGCGACCCCCCGCCCCCCCCUCGAACCGGGAGGGUGUCGCCGGGGUCGGUCGCCGGCCCCCUCCCCGGAUUGGCUUCAGGUUGACGCGUCUCGAAAGAUUUUUAUACGGGACUGGGUGUCUGGCUUUUUUUAUUUAAAAGCACUUGAUAAAGCUCGAUCGGUUUUUAUACGAAA